AUGCAAGGGAGGAAGAGGACGCUUACAGAACCAUUCGAGCCGAAUACCAAUCCAUUUGGCGACAAUGCAGCUGUAAUGGCCGAAAACGUUGAGAAUAAUACCGAAGUAGGUGGUAAUCGUCCAGAAUCAAAACCACAAGCUUUGAUUCCACCAGCUUUAAAUAUUGUGCCACCAGAGAGCACUAGCAACAGUACUGUUGAGCAAAAAGAGGACAGCUAUAAUGAAAAUGGGAAAGAUAACUCCUUAAUCUCUAACAUAUUUCGUACUCGCAUCGGAAGGAGCAGUCACGAAAACUUGAGCAGACCUAAACUCUCACUUCAAACAGCAUCAUUUGGCGCCGCUGAAUCUUCCCGGCGUAAUGUCUCACCUUCUGCAAGAUCUGCCAAGUCUAGUUCGCAGUAUAUUGAUUUAAAUGACGAAAGGCUGCGCAGGCGUAGCUUUAGUAGUUAUAGCCGAACAUCUAGCAGGCGAGUUUCCAAUUCACCAAGCUCAACAGAUAGGCCUCCACGGUCGGCAAAAGUUUUAUCGCUAAUUGCUGCUGACGAUAUGGAUGAUUUUGAAGAUUUGCAGAAAGGGUUCAAGAGCGCAAUAGACGAAGAGGGUUUGACAUGGCUGCCCCAAUUAAAGUCAGAAAAAAGCCAUACUGAAUCGGUCGUUGGUGAAGAUGGAGAAGAAGAAGAAGAACCAGAAUUCAUACCUGAUGUUCAUACACCUAAUGUAGGAACAAGUACUACUCCAGGGUCGAUUCAUCUUACACCAGAACCGGCACAAAAUGGUUCUUUAUCCGAGGGUCUAGAGGGCUCUAUUAAUAAUUCAAGAAAGAAAUCUAGCCCAAAGUUUUCCCGUCAUUUGUCACCUCAAAAAGAAGGUAAAGAUCAAACGGAAGUUAUUGAGUAUGCUGAAGAGAUUCCAGAUUUUGAAACCCUUCAAAGGAAAUUAGAAUCAAGGCCUUUUGUGCUUUAUGGACACUCUCUUGGAGUUUUUUCACCUACGAAUCCACUAAGAAUAAAAAUUGCUCGUUUUUUGUUGCAUAGGCGGUAUUCGUUACUUUACAACACUUUAUUGACAUUUUAUGCCAUUCUCCUCGCGAUAAGGACGUACGAGCCUGAAAAUGUUGUUUUUUUGUACCGUUUCACCAACUGGACCGAUUAUUUCAUUUUUAUUUUGUCUGCUUGCUUUACAGGCAAUGAUAUUGCUAAAAUAAUUGCAUUUGGAUUUUGGGAUGAUUCUGAAAUGUUUAAAGCCUAUGGACGCGAAUAUAAAUCAAUAUUACAGAGAUCUGGAAUAAUGAAACUAUACAUAUAUUUGAGAGAAAAGUACGGCAAAAAGCUAAUAGAUUUCAUUAUUCCAUUUAGGAUUAUAUCACCAGGAGAAGAAACGAAAUAUCAACAAAAUUCUUUGAGUAUUUCCCUAACAAAACCUUAUGGUUCCAACGAAAAUCAGAGGCCUUUUGGUACCCCAAGAGCGUUUGCGCGAUCAUCGUGGAAUAGAAUAGAUCUGGUAUCUUCAAGCUGCUUUUGGCUAGGUAUGUUUCUAUCUAUAAGAAGUUAUGAUUCAAAAGCAGGUAUAAGAAUAUUCAAGCCUCUAGCUAUAUUAAGAAUUCUUCGGCUUGUAAAUGUGGAUACUGGUAUGCCCUCGAUUCUGAGGGGUUUGAAAUAUGGUAUCCCACAGUUGAUAAACGUUAGCUCCAUGUUAGUUUACUUCUGGAUUUUCUUUGGGAUUUUGGGAGUACAGAUUUUUCAAGGCUCUUUUCGAAGGCAAUGUGUGUGGUUUAACCCUGAAGAUCCUACCGAUACUUACCAGUAUGACAUGCAGUUCUGUGGUGGUUACCUCGAUCCAGUAACAAAACGAAGACAAAAUUAUAUCUACGAGGACGGAUCUGAAGGUUCUGUUUCGAAAGGUUUCCUUUGCCCACAGUAUUCGAAGUGCGUCUCCAAUGCCAACCCCUACAACGGUAGAAUUAGCUUUGAUAAUAUUGUUAAUUCGAUGGAGCUCGUUUUUGUUAUUAUGAGUGCCAAUACCUUUACUGAUUUAAUGUAUUACACGAUGGAUUCAGAUGAAAUGGCUGCGUGUUUGUUUUUUAUUGUUUGCAUUUUUGUUUUAACUAUUUGGCUACUAAAUUUACUUAUUGCAGUCCUGGUAUCGUCCUUUGAAAUAGCCAACGAGGAGUACAAAAAAAAAAAGCUCGUAUAUGGUUCUAGGAAGACAGGUUAUCUUGCUCGCAUAGUAACAGGUUACUGGAAAUAUUUCAAACUUAAGGCAAAUCAGACAAGGUUUCCAAAUUGGUCCCUAAAAGGACUAACUAUUUACUCCCACGUUGAGUUUAUCUUUGUCAUACUUAUUAUUUGCGAUAUAGGUAUGCGCGCCUCUGUUAAAGUAUCUACUUCCACAAACUAUAAUAAUAUCCUCCUGAAAACUGAUAGGGGGAUUUCGAUUGUUCUUUUCAUCGAAUCACUAGCAAGGCUAGUAUUAUAUCUCCCCAAUAUGUGGAAGUUUUUAACAAAACCAAGUUACGUUUACGAUUUUAUUAUAUCAAUUAUUACUCUGGUUAUUAGUUGCCUGGCUGUUGAAGGGGUUCUAGGACAUAUGUACGCCUGGCUAUCCAUUUUUCACAUAUCAAGGUUUUAUAGGGUGAUCAUUUCCUUCAACUUAACAAAGAAACUAUGGAAACAAAUACUGAGUAAUGGUGUUAUGAUUUGGAAUUUAUCCUCGUUUUACUUUUUUUUCACCUUUUUGGUCGCUAUAGUUAUGGCUGUGUAUUUCGAAGGCGUGAUUCCUCCAGAGGAAAUGGCAGACCAGCCGUUUGGAAUGUAUUCACUACCGAAUUCAUUCCUAUCUUUGUUCACAAUAGGUUCAACUGAAAAUUGGACGGAUAUUUUAUACGCCCUUCAAAAACACUCGCCAAACAUAUCUUCUGCCUUCUUUUGCUCAGUGUUUUUCAUUAUAUGGUUUCUCCUGUCCAACUCAGUGAUCUUGAACAUUUUCAUUGCGUUGAUAUCAGAAAGUAUGGAAGUGAAAGAAGAAGAAAAAAGGCCACAACAAAUUAAGCACUACCUUAAAUUUGUCUAUCCUCAAAAGAUACAAGAAUAUACGCAUGCCAGUUUGGUUGCGAGGAUCCGUAAAAAAUUCUUCGAAGGUCAUAAGAAUGAAGAUACAAGAGAUUUUAAACAAUUUCUUAUGAGAGGAACCGCUAUCAUGAACAUAGCGCAGAAUAUGGGGGAGCUGGCCGAUGAAUUCAAAGAGCCGCCGUCCGAAAACCUAUUCAAAAAGGGCUUAUCAAAGCUCACAAUUGGGGUUCCAUCAUUAAAAAGGUUGAGAAUGUUUGCUAAUAAUCCAUUUUAUAAAAAUAGUGACGUUGUAUUUACAGAAACGAACGAUAUAAACGGGAGAACUUACAUUUUGGAGUUGAAUGAAUACGAGGAUGAAAAGUUAGAUUAUUUGAAAAAGUAUCCUUUAUUUAAUUACUCGUAUUAUUUCUUUUCUCCUCAGCAUAGAUUUCGAAAGUUCUGUCAACGUUUGGUACCUCCAAGUACUGGAAAAAGGACUGAUGGGUCACGAUUUUUCGAAGAUAGUACAGAUCUAUACAACAAAAGGAGCUAUUUCCAUCAUAUUGAAAGAGAUGUAUUUGUGUUUAUUUUUGCACUUGCUACCAUUUUACUAAUUGUUUGCUCAUGUUACGUCACACCCUUAUACCGUAUGCAUCACAAGAUGGGAACUUGGAAUUGGUCCUCGGCAUUAGAUUGUGCCUUCAUUGGUGCUUUUUCAAUUGAAUUCAUAGUGAAAACGGUUGCUGACGGGUUUUUAUAUUCUCCCAAUGCUUACUUGAGGAAUCCAUGGAACUUUAUUGACUUUUGCGUCCUCAUCUCAAUGUGGAUUAACUUAAUUGCGUACUUAAAAAACAACGGAAAUUUAUCCAGAAUUUUUAAGGGGUUGACAGCCCUGAGGGCCCUCAGAUGCCUGACAAUCAGUAAUACAGCGCGUCAAACAUUCAACUUAGUCAUGUUUGAUGGUUUGAAUAAAAUAUUUGAAGCUGGGUUAAUCUCACUCAGUUUACUAUUUCCAUUUACAGUUUGGGGCUUAAGUAUAUUCAAAGGUCGCUUAGGUACUUGCAACGACGGAAAUUUGGGUCGUGCAGAUUGUUACAAUGAAUAUUCAAAUUCUGUUUUUCAGUGGGAUAUCAUGUCUCCAAGGGUUUACCAGCAACCAUAUCUUCAUCUGGAUUCUUUCGCAAGCGCCUUCAACUCAUUAUACCAAAUCAUUUCAUUGGAAGGGUGGGUAGAUUUGUUGGAAAACAUGAUGAAUAGCUCUGGAAUAGGUACGCCAGCUACGGUAAUGGGUUCGGCAGGGAAUGCUUUAUUCCUGGUUUUGUUUAAUUUUCUUAGUAUGGUUUUCAUUCUGAACUUGUUUGUUUCAUUCAUUGUAAAUAACCAAGCAAGGACAACAGGAAGCGCUUACUUUACUAUCGAAGAAAAGGCAUGGCUGGAAUCUCAGAAACUCUUAUCUCAAGCCAAGCCAAAAGCUAUUCCAAAUUUAAUUGAGUUAUCAAGAAUUAGGCAAUUUUUUUAUCAACUUGCAGUUGAGAAAAAGAAUUUCUACUACGCGUCGUUCCUACAGGUAGUACUUUAUUUGCAUAUUAUUAUGCUCCUGAGUCGAAGCUACGAUCCAGGAAACUUGAUAGGUUAUCAAGGUGUCUAUUUUAUGUUUUCUACUGGUGUAUUCCUAAUUCAAGAGGCACUGCACAUGUGUGGUGAAGGACCAAGGUUAUAUUUCAGACAAAAAUGGAAUAGCAUACGACUAAGUAUUAUCAUUAUAGCAUUUAUCAUGAAUGCUGUAGCAUUCCACGUUCCAGCCUCUCACUAUUGGUUCCACAAUGUUAAGGGAUUUUUCUUAUUGGUAAUAUUUUUGUUUAUUAUUCCUCAAAAUGACACACUAACUGAACUAUUAGAAACUGCGAUGGCAAGCUUACCGCCUAUUCUAUCAUUAACCUACACUUGGGGAGUUCUAUUUUUGGUCUAUGCUAUUGCUUUGAACCAAAUCUUCGGCUUAACAAGGUUAGGGAGCAAUACGACAGAUAACAUAAACUUUAGGACAGUUAUCAAAUCUAUGAUCGUUUUGUUUAGAUGCAGUUUUGGUGAGGGCUGGAAUUAUAUCAUGGCCGAUCUAACUGUAUCAGAGCCUUAUUGCUCGUCUGAUAAUAAUUCAAACUAUACUGACUGUGGAUCAGAGACAUAUGCCUAUUUGCUACUGAUGUCGUGGAAUAUCAUUUCCAUGUAUAUCUUUGUGAAUAUGUUUGUUUCGUUGAUAAUUGGUAAUUUCAGUUAUGUUUACCGUAGCGGUGGAUCCCGCUCUGGCAUCAACAGAUCAGAGAUAAAAAAAUACAUCGAAGCGUGGUCCAAAUUUGACACCGAUGGAACCGGUGAGCUUGAACUGUCCUACCUCCCAAGGAUAAUGCAUUCCUUUGAUGGUCCCCUUUCAUUUAAGAUUUGGGAAGGUAGAUUAACAAUAAAAAGUCUAGUCAAGAACUACAUGGAGGUUAACCCAGAUGACCCAUAUGAUGUCAAGAUAGAUUUGAUCGGAUUAAACAAAGAGUUGAACACGAUUAAUAAAGCAAAGAUCAUACAGAGGAAACUACAAUACAGGAGAUUUGUCCAAAGCAUUCAUUAUACGAAUGCUUAUAAUGGAUGUAUCAGGUUCUCGGACUUGUUACUGCAAAUACCUCUCUACACAGCUUAUUCUGCAAGGGAAUGUCUAGGUAUUGAUCAAUAUGUGCAUCACCUGUAUAUCCUGGGUAAAGUAGACAAGUUCUUGGAAAACCAAAGGAAUUUUGAUGUUUUGGAGAUGGUGGUAACAAGAUGGAAAUUCCAUUGCAGGAUGAAGCGCUUUAUUGAACCCGAAUGGGACACUAAAAAUCCCAUAGUAUCGUCUCACAUUUCGAAUAUAGACUUAAGUGUGGAAUCUGUUCCAGGAACUAUUGAAAGGGAACCUAUCGCAACACCUAGAAUGGAUUACGGUGUUAACAAUUUUAUGUGGUCUCCGAGGAUGAAUCAAGACUCCACUAUGGACUCUACGGAAGAACCAAUAGAUGAUAAUGACGGUAGCCAGGGCUCAAAUAAUUCAAUUGAUAGAUAA